AUGACGCCGAACCAGUUGUCAGCCUCAUGCGCAGAAAUUCCUCCCCCUUCUCUCCUCAUAGAGAAUCUAGGCAAAGAAGUACCUCUCAAUAAGAGUCAAGAAGAGCAACAAGACACUUACCCCAGCUCACCAUCUGGGAACAAUCUCAAGGUAUUCUCACCACACAGUCUGCGAGCUCUCAAAGAUUACCUCUGCAGCCCGAACCAGGGCGAAGUGUCUUCAGUUGAUCUUCACACGCCUCCGGCCGACUCCCAACGCAAUAAGUACGGUGCUGGAGAUGUACGCGAAACUAAGCACAAACGGAGCAUCGAUAGCCAAGUCAAUCGACCUCGGGAGUAUCACAAGCCCAACACUAGCCACCGAUCUCAGUUCACCAUUCCACAGCGCAAGCCCGGAUUCAAGCUGCUAAAGACUUGGCAUGAGGAAUCUUUCCAUCCUUGCAACAAAGAAUAUACCGAACACAGUGAUUCCACCUUUAAGCCUAGAGUCUUCGCUGAGCAGAUCGACCCCGAAAUACCUCUAUCGCUACACAAGUGGCAUAGCGAAAUCAACUUUCUCGAACCACUCGCUCUUGAAGCAGAUGUUCGCCAAGAGUAUGCUGUUCAUGCCACCUACAAGAAGCACCAUCACGAUGUUAGUGUCAAAAAGGUCAAUGAUAAGAGACAGGUCACUGUGGAACAGGAGGCCAUCAAGAUGCUCGACUGGAACACCCCAAUCGAAUUCCAUGAUGUGCCCCGCCACGUACAACAAGCGAUAUACGACGACAAAGUCGAAGUUGCCGCUUUAACCAGAAAGAUGGCCGUCCGAGAUGGAUAUGUCGAAGGCAUGAUCGCUGGAGAAUUCACCUUCCACCCAGAUUCCUCUCACUUACCACUUACCGAGGACCAGACGGCGGUUCUUUGUGAAGCUGAGAGUUUCCGGGGGCUGUUCUCGCUGAGAGAGGUCGAAGAUGAAGAUGAGGAUUACAUUCUUCAGAAGCCUUCAAAGAAGCCCAAGCCCUCCAACAAGUCCUCUACUUCCAAAUCUUCGAAGUAUGAUCGGUGGCUUAAAGAGCAGUCAUCCACUACCUGCCCAGCGGCUAAGUGGCUUGAUGACGAAGCGGCUUUUUCGAAGAAAAAGGCAUGUAAUAAAGCCUUUUCUAAGCAGGUUAAACACCACUUCCCAACCUUCAACUCACCCCAUCUGAAAGAACUUCCCAAGGCCGUCGACACCAACAAACUCGAAUGGGAAACCGACUACGUCCCCUAUAUACUCCCUGAGACUGAUAAUGACUCUACGCGCCACAACAUGUACGAAACCCCAGUCAAGGUUGAUGUCCCCAAAUGGUUCCCGACCUUUACUAGCUAUGGCGUUGUGCCCAUCAACCGCCGCAACAGCAUCGAGAAGCAGUACAAAGAAUUCCUCACCCAUAUCUGGAGACUCGAGAACCAGAUGCGCACCAAGAAAAACAACGACAAGUGGGACAAGAAAUGGCACGAACCCAGCUCUCGCUGGUCCGAACCUUUCCAGAAGAAGAGCGGCCAAGAAUGGGUCACAUUCGACAAGGCUGUACCGUGUGAUCUUGUCGAGCAAGAUGUGGUUUCUGGAGAAUUCAGCUUCGAUGAUGUUUUCGACAUGGACGGUAGUGAUGACAACAAAGCCAUUGGUACGAAGAAGCCCGAAGCGUAUCUCAAGGAGAUCGAGAUGGCUGUGAAGAAGGCUAUUGCGAAGGCUGGUAUAUGA